AUGACACGUUUUCCAGAAUGCCGGAUAGAUCCUUUAUUAAGAACGGCGUAUAGUAACAGAAGCAAUAAAGCAGAUGUAAAGUUAAAACAAUCUGAAAUUCCGCAGGCAAUCAAAGGUUGCGCUACUUACAUAUGUUGGGGGUUGUGUCAACGCAGUUGGUUACUAGUUUCUAAAAAGUGUGACACUGGAGUUUAUCCUCAGAGCAUCCAAAACUUUUUGUAUCAAGUUCAGGAAGGUGAAUUGGCGACAUUCAUAAUGCUGUUUAAUUACAAACGCGUUAAUUUUUACAUCAUCUGUUAA